AUGGACGAGGCGAACGGGCGGAAGGGGAACGAUGCCGAGACGACGGACGAUCAGGAGAACAAUGACGGGCCGAUUGACAAACGGGGGACUGGUGACGACGCGUCCGGCGAUCUGGGGACUGGUUUCGCGAUGCCGCACGCCGAGGCAAACGAGGAGAUCGCGGCGAACGCGACGACGCUUCACGGCGUUCCUUUCGUGGGCUCGCUCGCCCGCCCUCUCGUGUCACUGACGAGCGGCGCCGAGGUGACCGCCCCCGGUGCGCCUCUGCCCCCGCGCCGGAGCGCACGCCGGGCCCCUCGCGCGUCUGUCCCUGCCGUGGCGGGGACUGCGACAGAUCGCGGCGCUGGUCUUCGAAGCGGCGGCGGAUCGAAUCGGCCGCCUUCAGCGGAGCGACAGGGACACUCGCGGCGGGGCGCAGAGGAGGAAGCGGGCGGGGAGCAGGCUCGCUCUCCGCGGUACACUCGUGUCCUGGAGAGGCAGUCGGGCGCAUCGCGGCGACAGGAAGAUGCAGCGCAGAACGCGCACCAACAACGAGCUGUAGCGGCGCCUGUGGGACAUGGGAGAAUGGCAGCCAGCGAAGGGCGACCACGCGGGGGUGGCCCAGCGAACGUCUACCAACAGGCUGGAAGGCGGGCUUUAAUGAACAUGAUUGAAGACUCUAACAGCAGCACAUCGGACAGCAGUUUUAUACCUGCCGAAUCCACAGACUCCUCCUCAAGCUCUGAGUCUGUGGACGAGGCACUCCUCCAGACACCAGCAGGGACAGCAAGGGCAACACCCUCCCACACAGCGGGAGGAACCUCAGCUACACACCCUCGCCAAAGAUGA